UACAAUUUCAUUUAUUUUAAUAUCCUUUAUUAAUCCCACGAGGGCAAAUUUGCAGUUUUUGCACAUCCCGGUUGGGGUCAGAACACAGGGUCAGCCAUGGUACAGCACCCCUGGAGCAGGAAGGGGUAAGGGCCUUGCUCAAGGGCCCGACAGCGGCCGCAUUGGGGUUUAAACCUGUGACCUUUAGAUCAGUAGUCCAAAAACUUAACCGUUGCACCACCACUGCCCCUUUAGCAGAAGCUUUUAUCCAUAGCGACGUACAUCUGAGAGGAGAUACAACACAAGCAAGGAUCUAGUCAGGAGAAAUCAACCUGGAUAAGUGCCAUAAAACAAAUUCAGGUGUGAUAUCAGGACCAUGAUGCCUACAGGCAGUGCGGAUGUAGCAAAUUUGUUUAUUUUUGCUUUCUGUCAGGUGCAGAGGUGUUCAGCGAAGAGCUGGGUUUUUGGUCUUUUCUUUAAGACUGAGAGACUCUGCAGAUCAAACAGCAUUUGUUAACUCGUUCCACCACCGGGGAACCACAGAGGAGAAGAGUCUAGCUAUCGACUGACCCUCUGGUGGUGGUUGCUUCAGGAGCCUUUUGUUGGCCGAGCGUAGUGAGCAGGAGGGAGUGUAGACCUGAAUGAGAGAGUUCAGUUGGCUCAUAGUGGCAGCAGGUUAAGCAGGUCACUCCAGACGUCCUUCUCCCCAGCAACAUUUUCCUGGGUCUACUCCUGGGUCAGCUCACACUCCCACCUUUGAAAGGAAGGUUUCUCAUAUUCAAGGACAGAAUCUCAAGGUGCAGUCAGGGUGAGGAGGGACCACAGAGUUAUGUUGGGGUCACGAGUGAUGAGAACACAGAGCAUGAGAUGGACAGAGAUUGGUGAUGGGAGGGAGCUUUGAAAAGAGCCAGCUGAGGUGGUUUGGGCAUCUGACUAGGAUGGCUCCUGGGUACCUUCCUUACUCAUAUGAAGUGCGACUUUUUAAAUUAAUAAAAUACUUAAAAUAAUUUUUGCAUUUCUUAUUUUCUUCUUGCAGAAAUUAGUUCAGAUUUUUCCUAAAAAAGUGUUGAAAGUAAAUAUUGUGCACCUUGUUUAAAAAACUGAUAAUCAGCAGCAAUAUUUGGCUCGUAUAUUGGUCAAGGGGCUGCACAGUGGCUCAGUGGUUAGCACUGUUGCCUUGCAGCUAGAAGAUUCCUGGUUCGCGAUCUUUCUGCAUGGAGUCUGCAUGUUCUCCUUGUGCAUAUAUGGGUUUUCUCCAGGUACUCCGGCUUAAUCUCACAGUCCAAAAACAUGCUCAGGUUAAUUAGUGAUUCUGAAUUGUCUGUAUGUGUGAAUGUGAGUGUGAUUGUUCAUCUCUGUAUGUAGCCCUGUGAUAGUCUGGUGACUAUCUGGUGACAGGGUGUUUCUAAAGUCAGCUGGGAUAGACUCCAGCAGUGUGUAGAUAAUGGAUGGAUGGAUAUGUUGGUCAAACCUAGAAACAAAAACUGGGAAAACAGUUUCAAAAAUUAUUCACCAGCAUUCAAUCCUUAAUAUACCCUUUCUUAAAUUACAGCAAAUAUAUAAAACAUUAUUUAUUUAUUCUUGCUCAUUUAAAUAUAUACAAAAAUUGUAAUUAUAUAGUCAAAUUGUUGUAAAGGAACAAAUUACCAUUCAUAAAAGAAUACAUUUUUGUUUUGGACAUUUUUUCUUACAGUUUUGGCCUGUUCUUUUUUUUUUUUUAAUGUAAUUAAUACCCAUUUUCUGUGAUUUUGCUUGAUAUUAUCUGGAGUUUAACAAAAUGGGGAAUCUGUACAAUAGCAGUCAGUAAAAUAUUCCUAAAAUUACAGUUAAAAACAGUUUAAACGCAUUGAUUUUUUUAAAACUAUAUAUUGAGGUCAUUUGACUGCCCCUCCAGCAGAUUGUGCAGCUCAGAUGAAGAUGAAUUUGAAACUCUGUGUAGUUCAUAUUACCUUCUGAUCGUCCUCAUCUGGACUCACUGAGGAUUUUCCUCUAGCAGGGCUGGGGAAGAAUAAACGCAGACUGAAUCCAUGGGGGGUUGUGGCUCACUUGAUGCAGAAGGACAGGAAGCGCACUGUUUUGCUUUUACGUCGGCGUAUAAAAAACCCCAUCUCGCAGCUGAUCUGUCCCUUUAAAGAAGCUCCAGCAGCGAGUCGCUGGGAAACGGAGGUUGUGUUCACAUCGCUCGAUUGUCUUCUAUUCUGUGCCACAGUUAUGUCCGCUUUCAUAAUGGAAAUGGGUUAAUGAAGAAGAAUUAGUUGUUGGUGAUGCAGGAGGAUCUUUGAUUGUGAGCUGGAGCGAAGGUUGGUUUUUUUUCUAUAUUUGGGCCAUAUGGAGCCGAAAUCGCUCAAUUUCAAGGACGUGCACUUGAUCAUGUUUUUCCAUCCGGCGGCUGAUUUGUAUUGAAAACCUGCACUACGACGCGGAUUGUGGUGUUGUUUCAGAAAAGGACAGGCUGCACAAAACAUGCGUUUUUCUGCGCGUAAUGCUGGUGUCGGCUGCGGCGCAUGGCGGUGGGCUGCUGUGAGGAUGUGAUCAGACAGGGAUCUCCGCUUUCUCGCUCCGCUGCCUCCACACAGAGUCGCUCAUGAUGCCCAGGGCUCUGCGGAGACUGGUCCAUUUGAUGCUGUUCUGCCCUCUGUCCAAAGGCCUGCAGAGUCGUCUCCCAGCCAUUAAGGUGAAGUACCUCCUCCUGGCAUGGCUGGGCAUCCUCAUCGCCAGCUGGAUCCUUUACAUGCAGUACGCCUCUUACUCCGAACUCUGCCGAGGGCAUGUUUGCCAAAUGAUCAUUUGUGAUCACUACAGGAGGGGCAUAAUAUCAGGCUCGUCUUGCAAGGCAUUGUGUGAUCAGAGAAGUCUGACCCUGCAGCGCUGCAUGUCCACCUCCUCUACACACCAGGUGUACAUUGGACUGUGGAAGGAGAGGCCUGUUGUGAUCAAGUGCAGCAUUGAGGAUCCAGUGAAAAUUGAUGGAGCUCCAGACUCUGUACUGCGGCAGGAGAUGAGCUUAUUUGACAAACCCACUCGUGGGACCUCUAUGGAUGAAUUUAAAGAGAUGCUGCACAGUUUCCUCAAGGCUAACCUCGGUGAACAGCCAUCCUUGAGCACCUUGGUGGACAGGGUCAUUACUCUUGCUGACAUCAACCAGGACGGCAAAGUGUCUCUUGCAGAGGCCAAGUCUAUCUGGGCUCUCCUCCAGAUCAACGAGUUCCUCCUGAUGGUGGCGCUGCAGGAGAAGGAGCACACUCCAAAGCUGCUGGGCUUCUGUGGAGACUUGUACGUGACAGAACGCGUGGGCCACAGCUCCCUCUACAGGCUGGAGGUGCCCCAUUACCUGCAGGCUCUCGUCCCAGAGGCCCUGAGCUCCAGCCUGAACCACUGGCUGGCCCCAGCCUGGCCCCGCAGGGCUCGCAUCACCAUCGGCCUGCUGGAGUUCGUGGAAGAGGUUUUCCACGGGUCUUAUGGGAGUUUCCUAAUAUGCGAUGCCAAUCCUCACCACGUGGGCUACAAUGCAAAGUACGACUGCAAGAUGGCCAACCUGCGCAGCGUGGCGUCAGAGGCUGUGGUGCGAGGAUUCCUGAAGGGACGGCGGUGUGAGACCAACGCCGACUGCACUUACGGCCGGGACUGCACGGCUACAUGUGACCGGCUGGUGAAGCAGUGUAAUACUGAGGUUGUGCAGCCCAAUCUGGCAAAAGUGUGUGUGCUCUUGCAGGAUUUUCUGCUCUUUGGCGCACCUUCGGACCUCCGUGGGGAUCUGGAGAAGCAGCUACGCACCUGCGUGACACUCAGCGGUUUGGCAAGUCAAAUGGAAGUCCACCACUCACUAGUCCUUAACAACCUAAAGACAUUACUGUGGAAGAAGAUCUCUAACACUCAGUACUCCUGAAAACAUUAUCCAACCUCCUCCUCUAGAAUAUGAGUGAAUAAUUACAUAAACAUGGACGAUUUUUUGCUUAUGAAGCGUUGCCAAAUGUUUUAGAGACUUGUGGUUAUUCAUGUAUUUCUGCUCUUCACUGGCUGUGAACAACAAGAAAACUGUGAACUGUUACAUACACAAUGUGAAACAGGAGAUCAAGCAGGCUUAAAACUCUUACAGUCUAUUAUAAGCCCCAUCGUGUUUCUGUUUUUCAAUGCAUUCUGUUGACAAGAACAUCCAUCUGUUUGCACACAAUAUUCUCAGGACACUGCCUAUGACUUUAUUUGUAAAGUUAUGUAUGUAAAUAAUUAGUUUUUAAAAUAUAGCAACCAACAUAUUGAAUUAUUUUGGGUUUCAGAGAAUACCCUUGUUUGUCCCCAGUAGAGACACUGUGAUGGGAUGUGAUAGUUUUUGUACAACUGUAAAUACUAGUAGAACAUUGCUGUUUUCUAUGUAUGAAUUAAUUAGUAUAUGAAACAGAGUUGAUACACAGUAACGAUGGAAUAAUGGACACACACCGUAACACUGAAAUGUCUCCGCUGGUGUUGAUCUGAUAAUGAUAAUGUAUUCAAACUGGACUGGAGAUGUACAUCCGCAACACAAGAUUAAACCUGAAUGAACUUCUUAUCUAUGAAUAAACUUAAGUUGGUUCAGAGUA